AUCCCCUCCCCUGUUACAUCAUGGUGAAAGUAUCUGGCAGUGCAAAUGAAAACAGGGUGGAUGCUGCUGCUCUUGCAUGCAGGAGACACAGAAUAUCGACUAGUUUCAGUUUUUGUGAGGGCGAACGGGGCCUGUCGGCACACCCAAACGAGACGCUCGUCACAGCUGCAUCAUGCAUCAGCCAUUGCUGGCCAUAUGCCUGCUGUCUCUGUCAUCUGUGCUCACUGUGAAUUCGGCCAUUAAGAAAGGACACAACUUCACUAUUCAUUCAUCCCAGCUGGUCUGCAGUCUACCGGGGCCUCAGGGUCCUCCGGGCAGUCCUGGACCUCCAGGGCCAAGCGGGAGCAACGGCCGGAUGGGCUUGCCUGGCAGCGAUGGUCAGGAUGGCAAGGAUGGAGACAAGGGUCAGAAAGGAGAUAGAGGGGAACAAGGACGUCAGGGCAAUCCUGGAAAACCUGGACUGAAGGGCCGCCAAGGAGUUGUGGGUAGGGCAGGGCCAAGGGGUCUAAAGGGGAUACGAGGGUCAGCCGGUGUGCCUGGGACGGCGGGGCUGAAGGGAGAAGCUGGAGAUAUGGGUGGGGCCGGUGUUCCCGGUGGCUGUGACUGCGGGACACAGGCGCGGUCAGCCUUCUCAGUAGCAAUCACCAAGAGCUAUCCCAAGGAGCGCAUGCCCAUCCGGUUUGAUCGCAUCCUAAUGAACGAGGGCGGUCAUUACAAUGCCAGCAGUGGCAAGUUUACCUGCACCAUCCCAGGCGUGUACUUCUUCACCUAUGACAUCACACUGGCUAACAAACAUCUGGCAAUCGGGCUCGUUCACAACGGGCAGUACAAGAUCAAGACUUUUGAUGCUAAUACUGGGAACCAUGACGUAGCAUCUGGGUCUACAGUCCUCCGGCUGCUUAAAGGAGACCAAGUCUGGCUUCAGAUCUUCUACUCUGAGCAGAAUGGGCUGUUCUUUGACCCGUUCUGGACUGACAGUAUGUUCACGGGAUUUCUGAUCUAUGCUGACCUGGUGACUCUGAAUCAGACUCAGACCACUGCCAGUCCUGGAUCGUCUUGAUUACAUUUUUAUCCUGAAAGAUCUCACUUUAAAGACUGCCUACUCUUAAGAAUAAAAGUUCCUGAAAGGUUCUCGGCUUAGAUGAAUGGUCCUAUGAAAACCUCAAAUCUGUGUACAUUUAUUGAUCGAGCGAACACAAGCGUCAACUUUGGCAGCAGAACGCAUUGCGAUCUGAAGCAUUUCCACUUUCAAACCUGAACAAAAAUGGCAGAUAAAGAUGUUUUAAGGCCCCAGCAAUAAAC